AUGCCCCCCCAAUUUCAUCCGGGACAGAUGCCUUUUCCCGGCGCGCCAGGCGUCCCCGGUCUGCCGCAAGGCAUGCCUGGAGUGCCCGGUGUACCAGGUCUCCCACAAGGCAUGGUGCCCGGCAUGCAGAUGAUGGGUGGCGGUGUCGACCCCGUGCAGCAGCAACAGCUCUUUAUUGCGCAGCAGCAACAGCUCGCCGCGGCGCAGGCGCGCGCAAUGAGCUCGGCCACCAAGAAGAAGCAGGGCAAGAAGGGACCGCAGGCCCCCGCACUUCCUCGGCAGAUGGCGCCGCCUGGGACCGAUCACUAUGCGAAGGGUGCAAUGGCGGCGGACUCGAUCGAGCCGUGGGCAGAUGCGCUCGACGAGCUCGACCCUCGCGAGCUCGCAAUGAGCCGAUUCCGCGCACGCAACGAGGUCAUGGCCGAAAUCUUUGGCCCAGAGCGUAUCCAGACAAUACCAACCAAGGACGCCGACGCGUGGGCUGGUUUUGGCCCUCCCGGCGAGAGCCUGGAAGCAAAGGUCGUCGCACUCGAGAAGGACAACGCCGAGCUUGAGGCCAAGUUUGACGCGGAUAUUGAGGCGUUUAGGAAGCGCUUGGAGGAGGCGGAUGGCGGGAACGAAGCAGCUGCCGCAGCCGUCGUUGCAGGCUCGAAUUAG